GGAGGAAAGGGAAGGGAAGGAAAGGCAGUGUCAGAUCCCUGGAAUGAUUCCGCUUCCGUUGGGGAAGGACUGGCUGGUCCCGGCCCCGGCCCUGCCCCUUCGGCCCGGCGGUCCGCAGCCCCCCGAUGGCCUCCUCCCCGCAGAAGUCCCCUUCGGCUCCCAAGUCUCCCACCCCCAAAUCGCCACCGUCCCGCAAGAAGGAUGACUCGUUCCUGGGCAAACUCGGGGGCACCCUGGCUCGCAGGAAGAAAGCCAAAGAAGUGUCGGAGCUGCAAGAGGAAGGGAUGAAUGCCAUCAACUUACCACUCAACCCCAUUCCCUUCGAGGUGGAUCCUGAGGACACCAUGCUAGAGGAGAACGAAGUGCGGACCAUGGUGGACCCCAAUUCCCGGAAUGACCCCAAGCUGCAGGAACUGAUGAAGGUUCUGAUCGACUGGAUUAAUGAUGUGCUGGUUGGAGAAAGGAUCAUCGUGAAAGACCUGGCUGAGGACAUGUAUGAUGGACAAGUCCUGCAGAAACUCUUCGAGAAGCUGGAGAGCGAGAAGCUGAACGUCGCAGAAGUCACCCAGUCGGAAAUUGCCCAGAAGCAGAAACUGCAGACGGUGCUUGAAAAGAUCAAUGACACGCUCAAACUUCCUCCUCGGAGCAUCAAGUGGAAUGUGGAUUCCGUCCAUGCCAAGAGCAUCGUCGCCAUCCUGCACCUCCUGGUGGCCCUGUCCCAGUAUUUCCGGGCCCCCAUCCGACUCCCGGACCAUGUGUCCAUCCAGGUGGUCGUGGUCCAGAAACGGGAAGGGAUCCUCCAGUCGCGGCAGAUCCAAGAGGAAAUAACCGGGAACACAGAGGCUUUAUCAGGAAGGCAUGAACGGGAUGCUUUUGACACCCUAUUUGACCAUGCUCCAGAUAAGCUUAACGUGGUGAAGAAGACACUCAUCACUUUCGUGAACAAGCACCUGAACAAACUGAAUCUGGAAGUUACCGAGCUAGAGACUCAGUUUGCCGACGGCGUGUACCUGGUGCUGAUCAUGGGGCUGCUGGAGGGAUACUUCGUGCCCCUGCACAGCUUCUUCUUGACCCCGGACAGUUUUGAACAAAAGGUCCUCAAUGUGUCGUUUUCGUUUGAGCUAAUGCAGGAUGGCGGGCUGGAAAAGCCGAAGCCGCGGCCCGAAGAUAUUGUCAACUGUGACUUGAAAUCCACCCUGCGCGUACUCUACAACCUCUUCACCAAAUACCGAAACGUGGACUGAUUCCCAAGCCGGGUCUCGUGACUGACGCCUCCUCCAUCGGCCUGGCGGGAAGGCGAGACCCUCACCGUCCCCUCACACUCCCCUCCCCCCGACCCCAAGACCACCUCUCUGAGUUGGCUCCCCUUUGCAAGAGAAAAUGCCGACGGGGGGAGAGCGCCGCUAAAAUUCUGGAGGAAAGAAACCAGGGGCUCCCACGGGACUAAGACAAGUGCUCAACCCAGUAGGGAUGUUCCUGGGGUGGAGAGUGGAAAAGGCCUUGCAAGCUCACCUUCAAAAAUAAACUGAACCCUGGGGGUCUGGGGCCUCAGAGUCCAAGACAGACCCCCUCCCUCCCGUUACUCCUUCCUUCCCAGCAGCUUAAUUCCCCUCUCAUUAACCGAUCAACUCCUCUUGCCAAACCGCCUGUAACUUUAUUCUGAGAUUGUCUGAUACCCAGCAUAGCAAAGCCAAGUUAGUUCUAGUUUUGGCUUGGCCACGUUUCAACGCCUACCCCUCUCCUGGGGGGAUCCAAACGGGCCCUCCUUGAGGGAAUCCAUACCUAGCCCGAGAGAUCGGGGUCCCGGCGUCCUGAGUCCUUUGGACCAAGCGGGCGGCCCGCGGGAGAUGGGAGGCUGGGAGAACUCGGGACUUAGGCAGUCUGUGACUUGAUUGCACCAUUGGGCAUGCCCUCCAUCUUUCUGCAGAGUACCCAAUUGAUUAUCCUUAAGAAAACGUAUCGUAUCUGCUCUGCUGCCAAGCCCAUGUGUGGAGACCCUGGGAGAACUUUGAGGAUUUCAGAUCCCAUGAAUGAGAUGCCUUGAACCUUAAAGGGAAACCUAAAAAGCCUUUCCCUUCUUCUCCCCAGUUUUCUCCCCCUCCUCACCCUCCUGUCCCCCAGAAUUACCCCUCUCGCUUGGAGGGGCCCACUGGCCGCUUUGGGCCAAAUGGAGGUAUUUAUCUGGAUAAUUCAGUGGAGAAAAAAUGGGUGAUUUGGGCCAAAGUAGGCUGUCGGUGAUGUGUCGGGGUCGGUGAGAAGGCCCAAUUUUAAAUGGGGCUUUGAAUCAUCCCUCGGGGUCAUGAGGGAGGAAAGAGAACCCAAGAAGAGAGGUUAAACUCCAUCUUGCUUUCACACUGGGGCAAACAUGAGAAGAGUGCUCACAGGGCUCAUCAUCAUCAUUGGGAUUUAUUGAGAGCUUACUGUGUGCAGAGCACUGUACUAAGAGCUUGGGAGAGUCGGUAGGCACGUUCCCUGCCCACGACAAGGAUAUCGUCGCGUUGUGUUUCUUAGAAAGCUUUCGUAGGUGACGUAGUGCUUAAAAUGAACUAAGGCGGUGGAAUAAAUAGCCUGUUGUUUGUACUGGCCUUUAGCCUUUACCUUAGAAAUAUUAUAAAUGUCAUAAAGUCAGAUAAUGGUUUA